UCCCUUUCAUAACAGCUCAGAAACAGGGAGAAAGCAUCAGCUGAUGCAUUCCUAUUACCCCCACUUUCCAUUUAUAUAGCUUUUGCAGCACUUACUUGAGCCAGACUGGAAAGAUUUCCGAAGAGCAAAUCAGCUUGGAUCCCGGCUUUUCAGAAGAGCAGAGAAGCAGGUGGCAGUCAUGAGUGACGUCAACAGGAAUUCUCUGGAGAAAAUCCUUCCACAGCUAAAAUGCCAUUUCACGUGGAACCUAUUUAAGAAAGAAGGCAUCUCACAUGACCUAGAAGAUAGAGUGUGUAACCAGAUUGAAUUUUUAAACUCUGAGUUCAAAGCUACAAUGUACAACUUGUUGGCCUACAUAAAAUAUCACAAAUGCCAAAAUGAGGCAGCCCUGGAAUGCUUACGGCAAGCUGAGGAGUUAAUCCAGCGAGAGCACGCUGACCAAGCAGAAAUCAGAAGUCUGGUCACCUGGGGAAACUAUGCCUGGGUCUACUAUCACAUGGGCAGACUCUUGGAAGCUCAGAUUUACGUAGACAAGGUGAAACAAGUGUGUGAGAAGUUUUCAAAUCCUUAUAGUAUUGAGUGUCCUGAGCUUGACUGUGAAGAAGGGUGGACACUGCUAAAGUGUGGAGGAAAGCAAAAUGAAAGGGCGAAGGUGUGUUUUGAGAAGGCUCUGGAAGAGAAACCCAACAAUCCAGAAUUCACCUCUGGACUGGCCAUCGCGACAUACUGUCUAGAUGAAAAACCACAGAAGCAAUGCUCUGUCAAUGUUCUGAAGGAGGCCAUUGAGCUGAGUCCUGACAAUCAGUAUGUCAAAGUUCUCCUUGCCCUGAAACUGCAGAAGGGGAAUAAAGAAGCUGAAGGGGAGCUGUUGGUUGAAGAGGCCCUAGAGAAAGCUCCUUGCCAAACAGAUGUCCUUCGCCAGGCAGCCAAAUUUUACCAAAAAAAAGGUGAUCUAGACAAAGCUAUUGAACUGUUUCUAAAGGCAUUAGAAUUCAUGCCAAACAAUGGCUACCUCUAUUACCAGAUUGCGUGCUGCUAUAUGGGAAAAGUCAAACAAAUUCAGAAAACAGGAGAAUCUGAAGCUAGUGGGAAUAGCGAGAAGAUUAAAGAACUAAGAGAUUAUGCCAUGGACUAUUUGAUUAAAGCUAAGGAGAAGGGACUAAAUUCUCUGUAUGCAUACUCUGAUCUCACUGAGCUGGAAACAGAAGAAUGUUAUCUGAUACCAUUCACUAAGGAGCUCCCUGACACUGGGAGGCAACAACUCCAUCAGCACUAUUGCAACUUUCAGGAGUAUCAUGGGAAGACUGAAGACACUGCUGAUCAACAUUAUUUAGAAGGUUUGCCCAUAAGCACAAAAUCAGCUGAGAAGGAAAAGAUGAAAAACCAACUACAGAAUGUAGCUGAAAAUCAACUUCCACAAAAUGCACCAAAUUCUUGGUAUCUACAAGGAUUAAUUCACAAGUGGAAUGGAGAUCUGCUACAAGCAGCUGAAUGUUAUGAGAAGGAACUGGGCCGCCUACUAAAGAAUAGCCCUUCAGGCAUAAGCAGCUUUUUCCUGCCAGCAUCUGAGCUUGAAGAAAGCAGUGAAGAAAUGAACCAGGGCACAGACAGGUCCAUUCUCGGAGAGCUCCCUAAUCCCUGAGCUGAAACAGAGAGGGAAAGGAACAGAGAGUCAGGGAGCCUGAAAUGGUGGCCAUGAUGAGGAGAGGGGUGGGAAGGCAGGAGUUCCCCAAUCUGAGUUUUCUGGGCAAGAUGGCCUUGUUUAUUGCUUUAAGAUACAUUUUAGAGAGCUGUUUUCUCAUGUUUGUCCACCCUAUCCAUACCAACCACACAUAGUUCUCUAGUCUGCAGAUCUUAUAAUUACUUACUAGCAGAAACAGUGCUUCAGGCCCGCAUGAUGCUCAUUAGUUCUCCGUUUGCACUCAGUUCACCAGAUAUCCCCUACCUCUGUCCUUGAUGCCAGGAGUCAUAAUUGGUGACUGCCUACCAACAGAAUGUCAUCCUCCAUCCCAUUACUACCUAGCCUUCUUGGCCUCCUGGAAGACUAGCUUUUGACUAACCCUGGAAAAUUCCUUAUGACUUGCUCUUGGCUUCAGCCAUGUAUUUAUAUGUAUUCUUGAUAGUGAUAAUACAAUAAAUAUGUAUUCUUGAUGAUAAUGCUACAAUAAAUUUAAAAAUUUCAACUCAG